AUGGCCACAAAUUACCAUAUAAUCCCCGCUACAACCCCCCAUCACCUCACCGCCGCCCGCACCCUCUUCACAGCCUACGCCACAUGGCUCAACAUCGACCUUACCUUCCAAAACUUCCAAGCCGAGUUAUCCUCUCUUCCCGGUAAAUACAGCCCCCAGGAAGGCGGUGACCUUCUUCUCGCAUACAGCAGCAGCGCAGACCCCUCCCCGCUAGGCUGCGUGGCUCUCCGUCCGCUCCCUGACAAGGAUGAUGAGCGGCAACAGCGGCAACAGCGGCAACUCUGCGAGGUCAAGCGGCUAUUAUCGGGUCCCAAGCCUGUUCAAGAGCAUUAUCUUCCAAGGCAUUUUGGGUUGCCAGCCACCUCGAAUGUGGAGGAACAGCAUCUGCAUGUGGGAAAAAGAGAAACGGUGAAGAUUUUGCUGGUGGAGAGGUUUUUAUGUGGUGAUGUUAUUUACUUAGCUCGAGUAUUAAUUAGUAAGGUGGUUUAUGCACUCAUCGUUGUGCCUCGCGUUGCCGCGUAG